AUGACGGGUCUCAACCCGGACACCGACCAGAUCCUCCAGAUCUGCUGUUUCAUCACAGACGCGCAGCUCAACAUCCUCGAGCCCAAGGGAUUCGAAACAGUCAUCCAUGUCCCAGACUCCACGCUCGCAGGCAUGAAUCAGUGGUGCAUCGACACUCACGGGCGCACGGGCCUCACCGCCGCCGUGCGCGCCUCGACCACCUCCCCCUCCACCGCCGCAGACCAACUCCUCGCCUACAUCCGCCAGCACGUCCCUGCCCCGCGCACUGCCCUGCUGGCGGGCAACAGCGUGCAUGCCGAUAAGGCAUUCCUUGCAUGUGCACCGUAUGCCAAAGUUCUGGACUAUCUGCACUAUCGUAUCUUGGAUGUGAGUUCCUUCAAGGAGGCGGCUCGGAGGUGGGGGAGUGAGGAGCUGUUGCAGCAGGUGCCUCCGAAGCGAGAAGUGCACCUGGCUCGCGAUGAUAUCUUGGAAAGUAUUGAGGAAAUCCGAUUUUACAAGGAGAAGCUCUUUGUGGAGCUAUAA